AUGAUGAGUGGAAUCAGAAAAAUUGCAUCAAAGAAUUUCCAAUAAAUGCUUUUGGGAAGAUAGAGUUCCAGAGUAAUGGUAUGGGAUACAGCAAGCCUUCCAAGUAUAUGCGUGUGACAGAGGAGUGUGUAGAUGACACAUUACAAUUGUUGAUAGACCAGGAUAAAUGGAACAUGUUUGAGCCAUACAAACCCAGCCUAGUGAUAUCAGUGAUAGGAGGAGCUAAGAAUUUUAAGCUGGCUGGAAGGAAGAAAGAAGUAUUCAGUCGAGGCUUAGUGAAGGCUGCAAAAACCACUAAUGCAUGGAUAAUAACCUCAGGCUGUAACACGGGUGUGAUGAAAGCUGUGGGGGAUGCAGUUAGAGAUGCCCAGACCUAUAACUGGGAUGCCAAGCAUGUGACCCACUCCAUUAGGUGUAUUGGCAUACCACCCUGGGGCUAUGUCAUGGACAGAGAUAGACUGGUGUCACAUGAUGGAAAGGGUUGCUUUCCAGCCAGAUACAAAUCCAGCACACUAAUUCUGCACGGUCAGCCAGUGUCUCUCAAUCCCAGCCACACCCACUUCCUCUUGGUGGACAACGGCUUGAGAAACACAUACAAUGUGGGGAAAUUUAGGGCUAUGUUGGAAAAGAAAAUGCUGACCCCUGAGCCAGAUGGCCUUGGCUUGCCUGUAGUACUGUUAAUACUGGAAGGCGGUUAUGAUGCCCUUGUUGAUGCCAAGCAGUCCUUAGACCUGGGAAUUCCUGUGGUAGUGUGUGAGGGCACGGGGAGAGCAGCAGACAUUUUGGCCUUUGCUUUUAACCACCAAACAAGAACUAAGAAUGACAAGCAGUGUCUCUCCAAGAAAGCUGAGAGAAUGCUGAACGCAAAGAUCCGUGAAGCAUUUGGUGAUAACUGGAGAGGCAAGGCCACAAAGAAUGAGGAAGAUAAUUAUGUUGAGCAGCAAGUGAAGCACUUCUCAGAUAUGGUUCAAGCUUCUUGUCAGAAUGAAAAUCUAAUUACAAUAUUUGAUAUGAACAGAGACGAAGCUCUGGACAGAGCUAUUUUGUCAGCAUUACUAAAAGUCAAGGGGAACUCUGAUGAGAAGCAGAGGCUGGAACAGCUGACCUUGGCUAUCAAGUGGAACAGGAGUGACAUUGCUGAGGACAAAAUAUUUCUUAGUGACCGAAUUUGGUCUCAAGAACUUUCUGGGUAG